UUUGCAUAGGUUCCUUGACUCAUGGCUUUCCCUGCUCGGUGCUUUCAGAAGCUUGCGGCUUCCUUCCGCCUGGGAAAUGGAGGGCAGGGGUUACACUGCGAUCAGGAGGCACCGCUGACCCAGAUAAAAUUCGAUGCUGGGACCCUCCUUCUUAGUACACACCGCUUAAUUUGGAGAGAUCAGAAAAAUCACGAAUGCUGCAUGGCCAUUCCUCUUUCCCAGAUUGUGUUCAUCGAAGAACAGGCAGCUGGAAUUGGGAAAAGUGCCAAAAUCGUGGUUCAUCUCCACCCAGCUCCUGCUAACAAAGAGCUCGGUCCAUUUCAGGGUAGUAAGAACUCCUACAUCAAACUCUCCUUCAAAGAACAUGGCCAGAUUGAGUUUUAUAGGCGUUUAUCAGAGGAAAUGACACAGAGAAGAUGGGAGAAUAUUCCAGUUUCCCGGUCAUUACAAACAAACAGAGGACCCCAGCCAGGAAGAAUAAGGGCUGUAGGAAUUGUAGGUAUUGAAAGGAAACUGGAAGAAAAAAGAAAAGAAACCGACAAAAACAUUUCUGAGGCCUUUGAAGACCUCAGCAAACUAAUGAUCAAGGCUAAGGAAAUGGUGGAGUUAUCAAAAUCAAUUGCUAAUAAGAUUAAAGAGAAGCAAGGAGACAUCACAGAAGAUGAGACCAUCAGGUUUAAAUCGUAUUUGCUGAGCAUGGGAAUAGCUAACCCAGUUACCAGGGAAACCUAUGGCUCAGGUACACAGUACCACAUGCAGCUGGCCAAACAGCUGGCUGGAAUAUUGCAGGCACCUUUAGAGGAACGAGGGGGAAUAAUGUCACUCACAGAAGUGUACUGUUUAGUAAACCGAGCCCGAGGAAUGGAAUUGCUUUCACCGGAAGAUUUAGUGAAUGCAUGUAAGAUGCUGGAAGCUCUGAAAUUACCUCUCAGGCUACGAGUUUUUGACAGUGGCGUCAUGGUAAUUGAGCUUCAGUCCCACAAGGAAGAGGAAAUGGUGGCCUCAGCCUUGGAGACAGUUUCAGAAAAGGGAUCCCUUACAUCCGAAGAGUUUGCCAAGCUUGUAGGAAUGUCUGUCCUUCUGGCUAAAGAAAGGUUGCUUCUUGCAGAGAAGAUGGGCCAUCUUUGCCGAGACGACUCAGUGGAAGGCUUGCGUUUUUACCCAAAUUUAUUUAUGACACAGAGCUAAGGGUUUUGUAUUUGAAAUACUUUUUAUUCAUAUAUUUGCAUCAUCUGGCAGUUGUAUGACAUUGAGCUAAGAGUAAACCCUGAUAAACAGAAUUUACUGGAACUUCAGAGUAUAAUAUAAAACCAUAAAUUUCUCCCUAAAUAUUAUGGUCCAGGAAGUUUAUUUAGGAUAAAUAUAGGAAAAUACAGAAAAAUGAAUGCCACUGUCAAUUUAAAAUCAUGCUAUAGUUGAAUACAACCAUCAGGGUUUAACUUGAAAACAUGGUGGAUUUUAACUAGAUCCUCAAAUCUAACCGUUUGUUAAAGAAAGGAAUUCGGUUCAUGGUUGAAGAAAAAGAAGUUGCAUGUUCAGACAGGUUAGGUCAUUAUUUUGAUGCUACUAAAAUUCACUGAAUUUUAAAUAAGUGAAAUUUUUUUCUGUGCCUAAUGUGCCCAUUUGGGGGGUUUUUCAUGAAGCGAGUCAGGUACAGCGUAGUUUAAGAACCUGAUGGCAUUGGAACAAAAUGUCAAACUGUGGAAUGCCGUGGGAGGCUCCUCUUAGCAGCUUUUCUUUAGAAGUAGUCGUAAAUGUGUCUGCAAAAGACCAAAUACAGCACCUUAAAAAAGAGAAAGUUUUAUUUGACCAACAUAUAUAUUAUCUGACUAGCUGUUUUUUUAAAGUAAUGAUUUCAUGGCUGGCAUUUAAAGAAUGCAAUUACAUCAUUUUGUUUAAAAGAUACUGUGGAUUUUGAAACGAAAUAAAGAGCUGUAGAGACA